UUGACAACCAUUGGCCUCACUCCUAACCUUCUGGAGCCUGCCCACCACUGCCUAGUUCACUAUUGAAUCAGUGCCGCCCAAUGCUGCCAAAGGGAAGGAUGUGCUUCUCCGUGUCCACAACCUGCCUGGGGAUCUUAGAAGAUAUGCCUGAGUCAGUGGGAAAGCCUGCCCUCUGAGCCAACAAUGCCACAGUCACACAGCAUAAGGACACCGUGGUCCUGACCUGCCUCUCAAAUGACACUAGGAUCUCUAUCCGGUGGCUUUUCAAGAACCAGAAUCUCCUGCUCUCGGACAGGAUGAAGCUGUCCCAGGACAACAGCACCCUCACCAUUGACCCUGUCUGGAGGGAGGACGCUGGGGGUUAUCAGUGUGAGGGCUUCAAGCCCGGUAGUUCUGGCAAAAGUGACCCCUUCAGACUGGAUGUGCAAUCAGAACAAACCUUCACGGACUACUCUGUGGUGGGCAUCAUUGGCAUUGUUGGCAUCGUGAUCGGGGUCUUCGUCAUGGUGGCUCUGGGGGCCUUUCUGGGCUAUUUCCUGUACCUCAGGAGGACUAGGAGGGCCAGUGACCCGCGUGAUCCCCAAGUGCACCCACCUCCUGCGGCCAUCCCUGGCCAGGGUCCCACUGGAACAACUGCCUUCCAGGGCUCCCUACCUAACACCAAGACAGCAGGCCCCAUCUAUGAGGAAUUACUCAAACCAAACACAGAUGUGUACUGCCGAAUCAGCCCCAGAGCAGACGUGGCUUCUUAGUUCCUCCAGGACCUGAGACUCCAGAUACUGUGGGGGGACUGUGGAGGGGAGUCAGGAACUG